AUGCAGGCUUUCCUCGCCGACAAGAAGUUCGCCGUUCGCGUCGGCCAGGCCACCAGCUCGCCUCGGCCAGUGACCACCAGUGUGCCUCAGGUGUGGACUUACAGCCACCUGUAUCAGUUCCGUAGGCACAGUACACGAAGCUCGCUGAAAGGAUGCAAACUUCCAUCCGACAAAGACCUAAAAAAGAAAGGGCGUGACUCUUACGUGGAGAUGGAGACGACAUUUGAAGGGGUGAGUCUGAGGGCUGUGAAGUGGUUUGACAAUCGUCCCGUCACGCUGCUGUCCACAAUUGCAUCGGCAUCACCAGAGAAUACUGUGAAGCGCUUUGACAAGACCCGAACGUCGGUGAGCAUAACUCGUCCUUCUAUUGUAGGUGUCUACAAUGAGUGCAUGGGCGGUGUGGAUCUAAUGGACAUGCUUGUGGCACUGUACCGCAUCAACUUGAGAUCCAAGAAGUCGUACAGGCGGCUAUUCUUCCAUUUAUUGGAUACCGUAAUCGUCAACUCCUGGCUCCUGUACCGCUGA